AUGGCGGUCCGUCUCCAAGCGCUCACCAUGCGAUCGUUCGAACUCCUCCGCCGACCCCCGCCCACCGCCUCCCCCUCGCGUACCGAUCUCCCGUGGCUCCCUACCUCGUCCCGCCGGAACCCGCGCUCUCCGGGCGCCGCCGACAAGCCCUCACAUUUCCUGUCCAACGCCGCCGUCCUCCGCGCCGUCAAGGCCGCAGGUGCCACCCCUCGGCAGAUCCUCUCCGUCUAUUCGGCCGCUGCCCGACAGCCUGGCUUCCGCCACGACCUCCCCACCUACCAGGCCCUGACAUACGCCCUCGCCCUCCGCCGCCGGUUUCGCGCCGUGGAGCUCCUACUCGCCCGCAUGCCCCGCGACGGCCUCCGCCCCGGUCCCGCCCUGGUCCUCCCCCUCCUCCGCGCGUACUCCGCUGCUGGACGAUCCCCUGACGCGCUCCUCCGCUCCUGCCCCUCGCCGCUGAGCGACCGGCUCUUCUCCGCCCUCAUCCAAGAUCUCCGCUCUGAUGACCUCGAUAUCGCCGGGUCUCUCCUCCUCUCCGGCGUUAAUCUAGGGUUUCCAAUUAAGUCCCGGCACUACUCCGGUCUCGUCAGAGCCCACUGCGACCGCGGCGCCGUCUGGUCGGCGAUCGAGUUUCUGGAUCUGCUGGCGACGAGAGGGUCCGUCCCCGAUGUGUUCUUCUACGGAUCGUUGAUCCGCGACAUCUGCCGCGCCGGCGGCAGCGACGCGGUGGAUGCCGCUUUCGAGGUGGUGGACCAGAUGAAGCGAAACGGGCGGGAGCCGGACGUGGUGAUAUGGAACACGCUCGUGCACGGUUGUGCGAAGGCCGGUCAGUGGGGCAGGGCAGAGGGGGUAGUGGCGGAGAUGGAGCGCAAGGGCGGCGGGGCGGCGGCAACCGAUGCCGGUACCUACAAUGCCCUCAUUUCGGCCAUCCCUCACCGUCAGAUGGUCCAAGAUGGGAUCUUGGCUUUCCGUCGCAUGAUGGAGAAGGGGGUCUCGCCGGACGUGGUCACAUUCUCGAUGCUCAUCGGUGGAUUGGGAAGGGCAGGGAGGGUGUGGGAAUGCAACACUCUCUUGGGAAAGAUGGUGAGGCUGGGAAUUCCACCGGACAUUGCCUGUUACAAGAUUCUACUGAGAGUGUACAGAAGCAACGCCACGAGCGAUGAUGCCUCUGCAGUGCUACUGUGGAUCAAAGUGAAUGAGGAAGCGAUGGCGGCACUGAGGACAGGAAAGAGAUGGAAGAUAGAAAAGAAGGUGAUGGGAUUGUAG